GUCGAGCCCGGGAGCAAAGGCGGUGAUGGCCUCGAACCACACACCGGCUAGCCGCUGCCUCUAUCUGCAGGGGGGCAGGAUGGCCGCACGCGGCGGCGGUUCGGAUGGGGAACAAUAUGUGGGGGAGAGGAGAAGGUGGGGGACCCGCGGGGACGAAAGGUCGGAGGCACCAAUCAGCGCCUUCUCCCCUCACGCCGGUUUUUGGGUCCGGGGUUAUUUCCAUAACGUACACCACCACACCACAUACCGCAAAUCUGACGCGGGUGACGAUGGGCGGGCCCGGUUACCACCCGUUACCCGGGCGUGCAUGGAAGUGCCGUCCUCGAGAGGGCGGGCGGAGAGGAGAGGAAGAAAAAUCUUGCAUGACCCCUGCUUGCUGAUGGGCGGCGGCGGCGCGCGGAGUCGGCGGCCGACGCUGGCUCUACUUCGGCCGUUUAUAAGGACUGUAGCCUACCCUGAGUGACCCGACACAGCGGUUCCUGCUCAUCUUUUCGAGCUUUGUCAUCUCGUAUAUCUCACCUGUGGAUUCUGCUUCGCACCCUUUUAUGGUGCAGGGCAACAUGUCAGACCGAACCGUGGACCAGGAGGCCGGCGUGGCCCCCAAGAACAGAUGGAGCACUGUGAUACAUAACCCAAAGAUCAUCCUGAUCGCUUUUUUCGCCUCCUUCGGCGGCUUCGAGUAUGGCUACCAACAGGGCGUCCUCGGCCAGUCUCUGGUUAUGCAUCGUUUUGUCGACAACUUCCCCUCGGUCGUGUCGUCUCCCAGCGCCACCGGCUGGCUGACUUCGGUCCUCCAGCUCGGUGGUAUUCUCGGGUCUCUGACCUCGGGCGUCCUCGGGGAGGUCUUUUCUCGCAAAUACACCAUGUUCAUGGCGUGCUGUUGGGUCGUCCUGGGUAGCUACAUGUACUGCGGGGCCAGCUUCCAUAACCCGUCGCUUCUCUACGCCGGCCGGUUCUUCACUGGCGUUGGCGUUGGUACCUUCAGUGGUGUUGGGCCCCUUUAUAAUGCAGAGCUUUCCCCGCCCGAGCUUCGCGGUUUCCUCGUUUCUUUCUACCAGUUCGCGACGAUUCUCGGCAUCAUGCUUUCCUUCUGGAUCGGCUAUGGAAGCAACAAUAUUGGCGGCACUGGCGAGGGCCAGUCCAACCUGUCGUGGAUGCUCCCGUCGAUAAUACAGGGCAUCCCCGCCGUCAUGCUUGCCUUUGGCAUCUGGUGGCUGCCGUUUUCGCCGCGUUGGCUGGCCAGCAAGGGCCGCACCGACGAGGCGGCAAAGACGCUCGCCUACCUCCGUAAGCUGCCCGUCGAGGACGAGCGCGUGCAGGUCGAGCUCAAGGAGAUCCAGGCCGAGGUCCUGUUCGAGCGCCGCGCCUUUGCCAAGAACUUCCCGCAGCUGGCCGAGAAGGAGAAGACGUCGGUGCUGUCGCGCGAGUUUGCGCAGUACUACCAGAUCCUGCGCAACUGGGACAGCUUCAAGCGCGUGUCGACGGCCUGGCUGGUCAUGUUCUUCCAGCAGUGGAGCGGCAUCGAUGCCAUCAUCUACUACGCCGCCAACGUGUUCCAGAGCCUCGGCCUGACCGGGAGCACGCAGGCGCUGCUGGCCACGGGCGUGACGGGCGUCGUCUUCCUGGUCUGCACCAUCCCGGCCAUGCUCAUCAUCGACAACGUCGGCCGCAAGCCCAUGCUGAUCAUCGGAUCGCUGGUGAUGCUGGCGACCAUGGUGAUCCCGGCCAUCAUCGUGGCUACUUUCGGCCACGACUGGGUUGCGCACGCGAAUGCCGGUUGGGGCGCCGUUGCCAUGAUUUGGAUCUACGUCGGCGCCUUUGGUGCCACCUGGGGACCUGUGUCGUGGACCCUCGUAUCCGAGAUCUUCCCGCUGUCCAUCCGCGCCAAGGGUGCGUCGAUUGGCGCAUCCAGCAACUGGGUCAACAACUUCGCCGUCGCCUUCUUCGUCCCUCCCAUGUUCGACACGUGGAAAUGGGGGACUUAUAUCUUCUUCGCCGUGUUCCUCGGGGGUGGUAUCGUUUGGGUCUGGCUUUGCCUUCCCGAAACCAAGGGAACUACGCUCGAGGACAUGGACCGCGUUUUCGGCAGCCGCACCGGCGAGGAGGACGCCCUUCUUCUCGCCCAGGCCCGCAGGGACGUCGGUCUCGACGGCGGCGACGAGUCGGGUAACGAGAAGGAGGUCAGCGCUGGUGUGUCGGAGCUCAAGGCGUGAAGGUACCCACUCAGAGCGGCGUGAGUGCUCUCGAGAUGCAAUGUGGUGGUGUACUAGUAUGCUGCUUGGGGUCGCAGGAAAAGGGGAGCAACAUGCUUGGUUGGGACUAGCGUCUUUUCGGACUAGCUCAGAUAGGCAAUCUACGUAAUUCAUCCAUCUCAAUUGGCUGCCCAA